GCUAUGUAUGGGUAAUGAGUUAAUGUUGUUCAUGACUGACUUUGUAAAGAGUGUCAACCUCUCAACAGCUGAGCAGUAAACGCCUCAUAACAACCAAUUACACGAAAUAUCGCAGAGAUAGAUAUCUUAUCUCUGUGGCUGACACCCCAGUGAGUCCCAGGUAGCAGAUACCACCCAUCAGUAGAGGCAGAGCACCCAUCAAAUCCCCCAAGGACACCAUCACUGGUCAUCAGAACCCCAAGGACACCAUCACUGCUUAUCAGAACCCCAAGGACACCAUCACUGCUUAUCAGAACCCCAAGGACACCAUCACUGCUUAUCAGAACCCCAAGGACACCAUCACUGGUCAUCAGAACCCCAAGGACACCAUCACUGCUUAUCAGAACCCCAAGGACACCAUCACUGGUCAUCAGAACCCCAAGUGAUGGUGAUGAAGACCCACUGUUCCUUUAGCAUGUUGCUGGCGGGUCUCCUGGUCCUCCUGCACACAUGUUGUGGGACUGAUCCGCCUCGUCCACAUAUUAUCAUCAUUGUUGCAGAUGACCUUGGCUUCAAUGAUGUGGGUUUUCAUGGUUCAACUCAAAUUCCAACUCCUAAUAUUGAUGCAUUAGCUUACUCAGGAAUCAUCCUGAACAAUUACUAUGUACAGCCAAUAUGCACUCCCUCAAGAAGUGCUCUCCUAACUGGAAAAUAUCCAAUACACACAGGUCUAAACCAUGAUGUUAUUUAUGCACCUCAACCCUAUGGAAUUCCACUUGAGAUGAAGCUCCUUCCACAGCAUUUAGUCAAGUUAGGCUAUGUUACUCGCCAUGUUGGGAAGUGGCACUUGGGCAUGGCUAUUCAUGAGCUUACUCCUACUUACCGAGGCUUUAUGUCACAUUUUGGGUACUGGACGGGUCACCAAGAUUAUUAUGAUCACACAACUCAACCAGCGCCCUUCUCUCCCACAGGUUUACAGUACUCAACUAUAGGUGGAUCAAUGCCAUAUGGAUUAGCUCUCUCAGAAAUACUUCUCCCGGAACAUUUGACAGGCUUGGGCUACAUUAAUCACCAUGUUGGAAAAUGGCAUUUGGGGUUCUUCAAGAAGGAUUACACGCCUCUAUAUAGGGGCUUUGAGAGUCAUUUUGGAUAUUGGAGUGGACGUAUUGACUAUUAUGACCACACAGCUCUUGAACUACCCGGUUAUUGGGGUUAUGAUAUGCGAAGGAAUAUGACAGUUGCAAAAGAUUGCUAUGGCAAAUACACCACAGAUCUAUUCACCGAUGAGGCUGUGGAUAUUAUAAAGCAACAUAACACGUCUCAGCCUCUGUUCUUGUACCUGGCUCACCUCGCUGUCCAUUCUGGAAAUCCCUAUGCUCCAUUACAAGCACCGAAAGAAGUAGUUGAAAAGUUUUCUUAUAUAAAUGAUGAAAACAGGCGCAUAUUUGCAGGAAUGUUGUGGAAAUUGGAUGAAUCUGUUGGGCAAGUCAUAGAGGCUCUAGAUGCUCGGCAGAUGCUUGAGAACUCUAUAAUACUUUUCACCACUGAUAAUGGAGGACCAGCCGCUGGUUUUAACCAGAAUGCUGCAUCAAACUGGCCACUGAGAGGGCUGAUCAUUUUGCCAAUUUGUUUUCCCCACAAACACAUACUUUUAUUACCUCCUUUCUCUAUAUCAAUUCCCAUAUCACUAUCUACUAACACUACUAAUCAUGUAUCAGAAUUAGAAAUGCUCAUUAUUUUCUGUAUUUCAGGUGGUAACAUUACAUCCCUGGGACCUAUUGAUGGAGUAGACUUAUGGAGCACAUUAACUCAAAAUCUGUCGUCACCACGCACAGAAUUUCUAGUAAACAUUGACCCUAUUUUAAACGGUGCAGCAGUGAGAGUUGGUGACUGGAAGCUGAUAUAUAAGCCACAAGGAUAUGGCCACCAUUGGGAUGGAUGGUUUGGGCCUUCAGGCCGUAACGAAACUGCACCAGAAACAAAUUUGGAUGUUAUACUGAAGCAGGUUUUGAACUCUUCUGUUGCCAGAGCAGUGAAAGCUCUUAAUCCACAAGCUUAUCAAGACAUUGAAUCUUUGAGGCUGAAAGCAGAGAUACACUGCAAUCCAGUUCCAGAGAAUGCUACAGCAUAUUGUAAAUCUUCAGAAUCACCAUGCUUGUUCAACAUACUCAGUGAUCCCUGUGAAUAUUUUGACCUUGCUGCAGUUCAUAAAGAUGUCUUGUCUGUCUUGGAAGUCAUUUUGAAACGAUAUAAUGCAACUGCUGUUCCUCCUGCUAACAAACCCUGGGAUACUGCUGCCAAUCCAAAGUACUGGGAUUAUACUUGGACAAAUUGGAAAGAUUUCAAUAGUCCCAUUGUAUCAGAUUUUGAUAAAAAUUAUGAAGAAUAUAAUAAGCUAGGUGAUAUGUAUAAUGAUGCACAACAUAUUUGAAAGUAUCAGUAUAUUAUUUGUUUUUGUUUUUCUCUUUGAUUUGCUAAAUGCUGAAAAAAUGCACAAGAAAGUUACCCCAGCACUUUUGAUAGGAAAAUUGUACAGAUAUCUUUUAAAAUUUCUACAUUACUGUACCGUAAUGAGUACUGUCUUUUAUACACUAGUCUCUAUGCAAUGCACAGUUGCAUCCUCUUUCUGGUGUUGUUGCAUCUUCUCUUGAUGGUUCCAAGAGAGGCUAGAGGUGUUAAAUAUGCCAAAGAUAGAAGGAAAAGAGGCAAUAUGAUCACAACAAACAAAAUAGUAACAGGAAUCGACAAAAUUGACAGAGGAAUUCUUUAAACUAGCAGCUUCAAGAACAAAAGCUCAUAAAUUCAAACUAAGGAAUCAAAGGUGUCAAAACAUAUUAGAAAUUGUUCUUUUGCAAACAGAGGCAGUUGGUUCAAACAAGUUAAGUGAGAAGGUGGUGGAGGCCAAAACUGUCAGUAGUUUCAAAGUAUAUGACAAAGAGUACUGGGAAGAUGAGACACCACACAAAUUGCUCUCAUCUUGUAAUUACCAUAGUACACAUAGGUAAUUACUAUUGUACAAACACUAUUAUUUUAACUGUAACUUAAAAUAGGUAAUACACUAAUAGAGCAUAGAGACAUGAGUGUUGUAAUAGGCUGUUGGUAGAUUGUGUUUUUACAAUUAAAAAUACAGAUGUUCAUGGGUUAAUAAUACUGUAAUUUUUUCACUUGAGAAUAUUAAAAUGUUUGAUUAGUGCCAAUUGUAAAA